AUGGGUAAUGAGAAAAGAUGGUGUAAAAGAACUCCAUUUUUUGCGGCUAAAUCUUAUGAACAAGCAGCACAAAUGACACAACAAUUACAAGAUUUGCCAACAGCAGCUAAAUAUUACGAUCGAGCAGGACAAUUGUAUGUUGAAGGAGGUUAUCGUGAUUCUGGUGCAAUUCUUUAUGAACGUUGUGCACCACAAUUUCAACAAUUAGAUCGUUCUAUUUCAAUUGAUUUUUAUCUUAAAGCUGCACGUUUAGCUGAACAAGAAGAAAAAUCAUAUCAAACAGCUGAUUUAUAUGAAAAAGCUGCUAUGCAAGCAAUACGUAUGAGUAAUUUUCAACAGACAACUGAAUUACUUGAAACAACAACAAAUAUUCUUACAAAAUUGGAACGAUUUGAUCGAAUUAAUCGUGUUAUACUCUAUAGAAUAUUACUUAAAUUAUUCAAUGAAGAUAGUAUUGCUGGUCGAAAUAUUUUUGAUCACGCUUGUCAAAUUUAUCCAACAUUUGAUCAAUGGGAAGAACGAAAUCAUAUUGAAUUAUUACUUGAUGCAUUUGAUCAAGAUGAUAAAGAUUUAAUUAGUCAACGUUGUCAAAGUCCUUAUUUCAUGGCAAUUGAGCCUGAAUUUGUUCGUUUAAUUAAACGAUGGAUUCGUCCAACAACAAAUAAUGUAAAUCAACAACGAACGGCUAAUUCUACAGCUCCAUCGACUAGUGGAAGUAAACCAAUACAAUUAGAUGAUGACGAAGAUGAUUUACGUUAA